AUGGAGUCAAACAGUGUGGUCUCCGCCAUGAAGGGCGAUAAACUGAAGGACUCUCCUCAAUGGAGAAACUGGUUUGCAAGAGUGAAGCUAUUUGCUCGCCAGAAGAAGGUGUGGGACCUAGUAAACCCACAGAUUGAGGAAGAUUACCUUGAGCAGCCAAUGCGCAAGCCGAAGAGGCCUCAAUACCCAGAAGGUGGAUCUGAGAGUGUUAAGCGUGAAUGGAGAGAUCGGCUUGACAUCUAUAAGCUUGAUCUAGCGGAGUGGGAGCAGCAGGCAAAGGGCUUGGAUGCUGUGAACGAAUGGAUCAUCACUAACCUUGAUCCAAUUCACCAUGCCUCCCUGCUUGACUAUGAGACUCCGUAUGAACGUUUGGUUUAUCUCACAACUCGAUUUGCCCGAUCGAAUGCAUAUGAGGAAGAUAUCCGUGCUCAGUGGAAGUGGUUCUCAUCAUCUCCGCCUAGAAAGGGCGUUGACAUUAAUCACUGGCUAGCCGACUGGAAUACUCUGAGGGAACAAGCAGUUAGUUUAGAUUUGCCUGAAGUGAAGAGUGCGAACAAGGAUUUCCUUCGUGCAGUGAAAGACGUCUUGCCUACCUGGUGGCAGGCGAAGUAUGAGUCAAUCAUAAUGAACCAUGAGGAUUGGGAGACUCGAGAUCUGAUUGAAAACUUCCGAGGGUUCUACCAAGAGAUGGUGCCACAGAAACCAACCAGUACUAUCUCAAAAGCAUCAUUUUCGACAUUCCAGGACUUUGAAGAGGCAGAAACAGACCAGCUGCAGAAACCACCACAGAAGCAAGGAAACAAGCCACCGAUCCCUAAGCGCUGGUGCCCCUGUGGUAACCGAGGACAUAAACCCUGGCUUUGCUAUAUAAUUAAUGAAGCCAUACGCCCACAGGGCUGGACGGUGCAGAAGGCAAAGAAGCAAAAGGUGGAUAAGGCCCUUAAGGAUGAUCCUCAAUGGAAAGACUGGAUUGAGACAAAAGUCAAGGAAAAUAAUGAGAGGCAGCAAAAGGAAGAGAAGCCCAAUGAGUCAGCCAAUAGUGCUCUGCCCUCACAGAUAUCCUUCUUCACGUCGACAGAUAUAGCAGCACUUAAUAGUGCUCCAGAGAGCUUCCAGGAUCUUAGAUCUCGAUGGAUCCUUGAUAAUGCCUCAUCGAUGCACGUCUGCAAUGACCGAAGCAGAUUUGUCACCUAUACAUCAACGAGUUCGAGCCUGAAGACUGGUGACUCAACCACAAGAGUAGAAGGACUUGGUACAGUGAAGCUUCAAGGUGUGGACCCGACAACUGGUAAAGAGAAAGCUAUCACACUUAGCAAUGCCCUCUAUUCACCUGGAUUCCAUACCAACCUUGUGUCAUAUGGAGCAUUGAAGAAGAAAGGCGGCCGUUGGGAUGAGGAUGGGGAUUGCAUUCGUGACCCUAAUGGUACACCAGUGGUUAGCCUUAAGCCAAUCGAUUCAUUGAACUUGUGGGCAUUUGAUAUACCCUAUACAGCAGCAGGUCAUGCACAUGCAGUCCGAAAAUCUGAACAGCCACUAGUGGCAGAAGCACCUGCAGAGAUAUGGCAUCGAAGACUUGGACAUGUUGCUCCACAGGUCAUACAGAAAGCAGCUGAUAUGGUUGAUGGUGUUAAAAUCAAAGGUGAACUACCAGAUUCGACCGCGCCAGAAUCGACAGAGACAAGUAUUUGUGAGGUCUGCAAGCUAUCUCAUGCACCAAGACAGAUCUCAAGGCGUCCUAUUGGACAAACAUUUGGAUGGUGUGGCCGAAUCCAUUUUGAUUUGGUUCAGUUCUCACCUGGAUAUAAUGGGCAUCAGUGGAUGACACACUUUUAUGUUGAAGGCAUCCGAUUUCACUGGUUAUACACUCAUACAUUCAAGUCUGAGUGUAGAGAAGCUGUCAGAAAAUUCAUUGCUUUGGUCAAGAACUGGUGGAACUUACCAAUCAGAGCAUUCCACUAUGACAAUGAGCAGUCCGCUGGAGAUAAUGUGGAAGCCUUUCUAAAUAACUGUGGUAUAAUUGUUUCCCACAGUAUUGUAGGGCACCCUGAACAAAAUGGACCGGCUGAACGGUCAGGGGGUGUCAUACUUGAAAUGGCCCGACACCUGCGGAUUGAGGGUGGCCAGCUACCAAAACAACUAUGGCCUGAGUUUGUUAGCGCUGCAGCAUGGAUCCUAAACCGAAUCCCCACUUAUCUGAAGGAUGAGAAACGAUGGAUAGUGCCCUGGGAAGAGGCACGCCAUGAGUUUGCAGGAGAUAGGAUGAAGAAAACAAGCCUUGCAAACCUUCGUGUGUAUGGUGCUCUAUCCUACUGUCGGAUCAGAAGCAUUCCAUGCAAAGAAAAGACCCAUCCAAGAGCAGAAAUCGGUUUCCUUGUUGGCUAUAUUGCUUCAAACAUAUGGAAGAUAUGGUUCCCAGCCAGAGGGAAAGUUGAGGUCGUACGAGAUGCUUUCUUUGAUGAAUCGAGGAAGUGGAAGCCAGAUAUGCAGUACUGGCAAGAUGUUGACCUCCCCACGCAAGAACCAGUUAUUUUAACUGAGUAUCAACAACUAGAUGCUAUUCGACAGGACCUUAGUAUGCCAGCUUCAGUACUACCACUUGAGGAGGAUCAGAAUAGGAACCGUACAGAUGACCAGCAUGAAGAACCGGUUGACAGUCAGAAGGUGCAGAUUCCGAAGGAAGAUGAGAUAAUAGCUCAGGAAAGUGCUACGCCGGAAAAGAGAUAUGAGGCUCAAGAAACCAUGCCUCAAGCCUCGCCUCAAGACACCUUACCAGGAGCGUUUCCCACAGAAGAACAGGUCCCACUACCACCUACUCCACCGUACGAAGCGCUGCAAAACACGCUGCAGGAAACAGAUUUGAGCCCUGUCACUGCUCAGGGGGUGGAAGACCAGCUUGAACAUCAGACACAGGAGCUGGAUAAUCAGGAGCAGACACCAGAGCUCCAAGUCAAUGAGGAAGAGGAACAACUCUCCGACAGUGAACAACAGCUACAACAAGAGUUACAAGCUCCACGCAGCGGAGAUGAUGGCAUUGACAUAUCAAAUAUCAUCAGCGGUGGUAGAAGAAGGAAGGCCAGGGAGGAUCAUGAAUAUGUGGCUUAUGCCACUACUGAGACUGAGGACCCCCCUGAGCUAUUGAGGGCAUUCGCAGCUGCCUUAUACACAGAAAAGCCGAUCCAACGUCAUCGAGAUGACUUGCCACCACCACCAGAGAACUGGAAGGAGAUGCUUAAGCAUCCACAUGCAGAGGGCUUCAUGGAAGCAUGUGCAAGGGAGAUUCAUACAUUAACAGAGAAGUCAACGUUCACCAUCAUUGAGAAGCCAAAGGAUGUUUCAAAGCAAGUCCUACCCUUACGCUGGGUUUUUGCAUAUAAGUUCAACCAGGAUGGCUACCUUGUGAAGCUAAAGGCUCGAAUUUGUGCCCGUGGAGACCUUGAGAUGAUCAGUCCUGAAGAGAAGAGAGCAGCUACAUUAGCUGCCCGUACAGCAAGGAUGAUCUUUGCCUUAGUGGCCGCAUUUAAUCUUGACCUCCGCCAGCGAGAUGCUGUUGGUGCUUUUCUCAACAGCAAGCUACUGAAGGAGAUAUACACACAGAUGCCACAAGGUUUUGAACAGCCACGGAAGUGCUGGAAGCUCAAUCGCGCACUAUAUGGCUUACGGAUCUCACCGAAGCUAUGGCAACAGGAGGCAUCAAAGGUGCUCACCAAGCUAGGUCUUAAAGUCGUUCCAGAAGAUCCUUGUGUGUUCGUGAAGGAAGGCAUCAUUGUCUUCUUCUAUGUGGAUGAUAUUCUUAUUGCAAACCAUCCAAGCGUACGAAAUCAAGCAAGACAGCUUGAGAGAGACCUCGAGGCACAUUGGGAACUCACCGACCAUGGUGAAGCAGAGUGGUUCCUUAAUAUUCGGAUACUGCGAGACAGACAGCAGCAUAAGCUAUGGCUGUGCCAGGAUACAUACAUUAGCAGUGUCGCUAUGAGAUACCACCUCACACAUCGCGCACCUGUCUAUACGCCAUUACCUGUUGAAGAGUUGAUGCCAUAUGAAGGAACAGCUUCAGCAGAAGAUAUCAAACUAUACCAGCAGAAAGUAGGAUCAUCACAGUAUGCCACCACAAUCACACGACCAGAUGCAGCCAAAGCAGCAGCCAAAUUGUCUCAAUUCCUUAUGAAUCCAGGCCCACAGCAUCAGAACGCAGUUGACCGAGUGAUAUGUUAUCUAUACACAACGCGUUUUAGGGCCAUUGAGUUCGGAAUUGGCAGCGGAUUAGAGUCCAUUGAAUUUGCCAGCGAUGCGUCAUAUGGGGAUAAUCCUGACCGGAAAAGCUCAGCAGGUUAUAUAUGCCAGGUGUACGGAGGACCAGUGGAUUGGAAAGCUUCAAAACAACCCACGGUCACCACCUCUACCACUGAAGCAGAACUGCUUGGCUUGUCAGAAACAGCACGCUCUCUCCAAUGGUGGAAGCGGUUCGUUUCCAGGAUCCAGUUUAACCCUGAUCAUACAAUAUCGAUUCGAUGUGACAACAGACAGACAGUUGAGCUGUUGACCUCAGAGCAAGCCAAAAUCAGUACAAAGCUUCGACAUGUCGAUAUCCAUGGACACUGGUUAAGGCAGGAGGUCAGAGAGGGUCGAAUCAAGGUUAUAUGGGUGCCAACAGGCCAGAUGGUGGCAGAUGGACUCACCAAGUUACUCCCUCGUCAGAAGCAUGAGCACUUCGUUAAGAUGCUCAGGAUGGCUGAUAUAAGCCAUAUGAUUGACUAG